UUCUCUUGGAUUUGCGUGAAAACAAAAAUAUGAGAAAAUAGAGAGACGAUGAAUUAAUAUUAUCAAGUAUUUAAAAGGCCAACAGCCACAACGAUAGCUCCGAGGAAUUAUCAUACACAAAAUAACAGCUAUGAUAUUGGACAUAACAAAGAAUGGACUCACCAAAUGUCCCCCAAAAAGCAAAGGCUUCUACGCCGUGUAGUCGUGGUUAUCGCAUCCGGGCUGGAGUAAGGAGCUCCCCAGCGACUUCAAGACCAUUUGUUUCACCAGUUUUAAAGAGACCUUCACAAACACAAGGAAACCACCCUACGACCAAAAAGCCCAGACAAGAAACAAUUACAGGUCAUGAUGAUAAGAAUGAAAAAGAGCUUCAAAAGCCAGACUUGGAGGACGGCAAUCAUGUGAAUGUGACACUAACAAGAAGUGGCUUAUGGCACUCUCCAGAGACAAAUAAAAAUGGACUCCUAAGGCAAAUAGCAGAGAGAGAGGACAAACUGCGCAAAUUGAAAAUGGUGAAAAUGUAUAGAACCAAGAAUGAUUUGACAGACCUUCAAAAAUUAAUUGACAAAUGGCGGAAUGUAAGUCAAGAAGCAGCAGAGAGACUAUUGACAAAGAUAAAGAAGGAGCCAUCUCCAAAAAUGAAGGAACUCCUGGACCAGUUCCAGAUUGAUUACAAACUUAUAGGAUAUUCUGAAGAAGAGGAAGGUUUUGUAUAGCUAUUAAGUACCUAAACAUAAAUAAAGUUUAAUACCUAUAAACAAAAUAAUAAUAUGAAUGAGCACCUCUCCAAAACAUGUAGCACUUAGUAGCCUUCAAUGAUGAGUGGGGCAUUACUUUAGAAGGGAAGUACUGUAACUAUUAGUAAAAGGACUACCUGCUUCAGCAUUUUAUUAUUGAAAGCUUGCUUUCUUGUUAUGGUCCUGGGAGGACAUUUGCCCAUUGCACAUAACGGCCAUUCCACCCAUUCUGCUACCUGUAGAAAAUCGACUCGAAUGCCAUUCUGAACAUUCUCUACCAACCAUUCCCAAUCAAGAAUGAUAGGAAAAAAAACACCCUUAGUGUUUCUCAGUGUUGUAUUUAGGGUUUUUGGCUAUGAUGUGAAAACCAAGAGAGGCAAAUCAGGAAGUAAACUUCUUUUUAAAAAGCAAAGAGAAAUAAAGUCUAAACUUAAAGGGUAGAGAUUUACAGAUCCUGUUUUUUUUAGGAGUAGCAUUUUUGCAAUAUCACCAAUUUACUUCCGGUCAAUCAUGUAACAAUUUUCUAUUAUUUUUUAACUGUAAACAUGGAAAAAAAUCAACAUUAUUUAAAAACAGUGUCUUUUGAAAGUUUCUUCAAGCAUGUGAGUGAUAAGUUUGAGUGGAUGGUCCAUUAGACCAUCUUAGAAUCCAAAUGAUAUGAUAAACAAGGCAAUUCAAUAAAAAAUCAAAUAAGGA